AUGGAAGGGCAGGACCCGGAAGGACCUGGACCUUCCAAGAGAGCAAGGAAAGGUCCCCUGCCCAUCCAGGCUGGGAGUGGCAUCAAAUCCUGGGAGAGAGCUGUGCCAGAGAUCCGGAAUCAGGAGCCCCUGAACUCAGGAGUUUAUUGCCAACGCUUCCGGCAGUUCCGCUAUUGGGAGGCUGAUGGGCCCCGGGAGAGAUGGGCUCCAUCCCUGAAGAUGGAAGCUAAGUUCUGUGAGACGGAAAGAGCCCCUUCAGAGGAAGGGCAGUGGGCCCAAUCCCAGGAGUAUGCCCAAGGUGCCCUCUCAUGCGGCAGCGAAGAGACAGUGUUGAUCCGUCCUCUUUGCGGAAGUGUGGAGACAGCUGCUGCACUUCCAAACUGGAAACCUUGUGAAUGCUCCGAGUGUGGAAAGAGAUUCAGUUGCAGUGGCACGCUUCAAAGUCAUGUAAGAACCCACACAGGGGAGAAACCUUUUGAAUGCUCCGAGUGUGGAAAGAGAUUCAGUUGCAGUGGCACUGUUCAAAGUCAUGUAAGAACCCACACAGGAGAGAAACCUUUUGUAUGCUCUGAGUGUGGAAAGAGAUUCAGUUGUAGUGGCAGUCUUCAACAUCAUCGAAGAAUACACACAGGGAAGAAACCUUUUGAAUGCUCAGAGUGUGGAAAGAGAUUCAGUUGCAGUGGCAAUCUUCAAAGUCAUGUAAGAACCCACACAGGGAGGAAACCUUUUGAAUGCUCAGAGUGUGGAAAGAGAUUUUCCUUCAGUAGCAAUCUUCAAAGGCAUUUAAGAACCCACACAGGGAAGAAACCUUUUGAAUGCUCAGAGUGUGGAAAGAGAUUCAGUUGCAGUGGCAAUCUUCAAAGGCAUUUAAGAACCCACACAGGGGAGAAACCUUUUGAAUGCUCUGAGUGUGGAAAGAGAUUCAGUUGCAGUGGCCAUCUUCAUACGCAUCUAAGAACCCACACAGGGGAGAAACCUUUUGAAUGCUCAGAGUGUGGAAAGAGAUUUACUAGCAGUAGCAAUCUUCAAAAUCAUGUAAAAACCCACACAGGGAAGAAACUUUUUGAAUGUUCACAGUGUGGAAAGAGAUUUACUAGCAGUGGCAAUCUUCAAAGGCAUUUAAGAACCCACACAGGAGAGAAACCUUUUGAUUGCUCCGAGUGUGGAAAGAGAUUUACUAGCAGUGGCAAUCUUCAAAGGCACUUAAGAACCCACACAAGGGAGAAACCUUUUGAAUGCUCA